AUGGCGACAGAACACCUGAGUACAACUGGUAAAAAGAGAACUUAUAACCUAGGUGUUAAGUUAAGAAAACGUUACUCGAAGUUCUUGGGUAGCCUUUAUUAUGCGGAUUUGAUCGAGGCUAUUUCCUCUUCCACACCGAGAAGCGUCAUAUCCAUGCAAUCGGUCUUAGCUGGUCUAUUUCCUCCAAGUCCCGAAUGGCAACUCAAGUCUGGAUUAGAAUGGCAACCUGUUUAUUUCAUAGCCCCAAGCAUCAAUGAAGACAAAGUUACCCAAAGAGUAAAACAUAUCUACAGGAAUGGCGAUAGGACACCCAACUGCAGUUAUUUACCAAAAGCAAAUAAUCCACAUGCCAAUCAUUCUUUCUAUCCAUAUGGAAUCGGACAAUUAACUUUAGAUGGUGAAAAUACAGCUUUUAACCUUGGUGUUAAAUUAAACAAACGUUACUCAAAGUUUUUGGGCAAAAUAUACUAUGUGGAUCUGAUUGAAGCUAUCUCAUCUUCCUCACCAAGAAGCUUCAUGUCCAUGCAAACAGUCUUAGCAUCUCUCUUUCCUCCAAAUAAAGAAUGGGAACUCAUACCUAAUUUGAACUGGCAGCCAAUUCAUUUCACAGCUCCAAAUAUUAACAAUGACAAAUUAAUAUAUCCAUCCUGCAAGAAGGUGAAUCAAGUUAAAGGCGAAAUGGAUCAAGAAAAAGCAGCUGUUUAUAAGCAAAUCAGUAGUAAUUCUGGUAUUAACAUUACUUCUUCUUUUGAUGUGAUGCGCAUUCACAAAAAUUUCCAUAUUUUGGAUAAACUUGACUACGAUCUUCCUGGAUGGGUUUUACCGAUCUGGCCUCAACCAUUCACCAAAUAUGCAAAACAAUAUUGGAAGGAAAUGCUUGAUCAAACUGUCCAUUACGCUAUAGGAUCAUUGCUGAAAAAAAUUAACACAGAUACAAUGAACAAGAUCGAUAAUACUUUGAAACCAAAAGACCGCAAAAUGUUCAUGUAUUCAGGACAUGAUAUAAACGUGAUUGCUUACCUUGGAGCUAUAGGAGCUUACAAAGAAAAUCUGCACAUUAACUUUUCCUCUUGUAUUAUGAUAGAAGUGCAUAAAAUAGAAGAUGAAUAUUUUAUUAAGGUUUUAUUUGAUAACUCCAAUGGAAAACAACCAGAAGUCAUAAAGAUACCAGCAUGCGGAGAUGUGGAGCUAUGUCCAUUGGAUAAUUAUAUAAGUAUCACAGAACAGAAGUACGGACCAGAAGAAUGGUCGAGAUGUUCAGUGAUCCGCGUAUCUAAAAGGAUGGUUAACUGCCCUAAAAACCUCAUGUAUUGGUCUGUGUAUGGUGUGAUUACCAUAGUAGGAAUAAUCACGUUAGUUGUUGUUAAUGAACAAGAUGACAGGUUAGAAUUUGUCGCUGUGCUCUUCAGACAUGGUCAAAGGACAAUACCUUAUUUAGACACUUACCCCAAUGAUCCUCAUCGUGAGGAAUCUUAUAAACCAUUCGGACUAGGUGGAUUAACAUACAAAGGACAAAAUGAAAUGCUGGAUGUGGGAAGGGAAUUGCGGAAGAGAUACAAAAGCUAUUUAGGUGAGAUUUUCUCGCAUGAUUUGGUUGAGGCAAUUUCCUCGAGCUACGACCGCUCGAAAAUGUCUUUGAGUUUAGUUCUCGCUACGCUUUUCCCUCCGAAUGCGGAGGAAGUUAUUGAAACUGGGGUGAAUUGGCAACCGGUCCAUUAUACAUACCUACAGGAGGAAGACGAUGAUAUGUUAGCCUUUUGGGGGAAAUGCACGGAUUUUAAUCAAGAUGAGAUCCAAAAGUUUUUUAGUUCUAAAGAAAUUAUUGAAUUGAAUAAAAAAUAUAAAAAUGUAUAUAAGUAUAUUCAAAUGAAUACCGGAGAAAACGUCACUUCUUUAUUAAGAGCUGCACAAUAUUACAAGAUUCUUGAAGCACAGACUGCAUAUGGUUUAACACUUCCAGAAUGGACCCAUCACAUUUUUCCUGAACCUUUAAAUACCAUUCACAAAUUACAUUGGAGAGGUUUUAUUGGCACCACAAAAGAUAUAAAAUAUGCUGCAGGUAGACUUUUGCAAACAAUUAGCGGAGCCUUUUCAAGUAGAAUAAAUCAAACCCUGAGCUCCGAAAGGAAAAUGCAUAUAUACUCCGGUCACGAUUUCGGAAUAUCCGGAACUCUCAGAGCCUUGCAAAUUGAUCAUGAUUACACUUUACCUGAGGGCGGCUAUAUACUAUUCGAGCUGCAUAAAAUAAACGAUAUUUAUGGAGUGAAGGUGUUUUAUCAAGAUUACUCGAGUGAAGAACCCAAAUUGAUGACGAUUAGGAACUGUAGUCCGUUCUGUGAGAUCGAUCGGUUCAUACAACUCACCGAACAGUAUUAUCCAAACCCAAAUAUUUGUCAAUAGAUAUUUUAAUAUACAUAUAAUAGAUAAGGUUAAAAAACAA